AUGGGAGACUCCACUCAGAAAGGCGCCAUGUUUAUGGCAGGGCUGACUCUGUUACAGUCUCUCCGUGUGGCUUUAACUGGAGCAAAGUUUGCACUUGACAGAUUUAAAAUUCCGCAGCAGAAUGUCAGUUCGUUCAUUAACAUGGUCCAUAAUCCUAUGGAACUGGCAACGUUUACUGGAAUGGCUAUUGUUACUAUUACAGCACUCAUUAAAAAACCCAAAGAUGACGAAUCCAAGAAAUAUUUCAGGAGUCUUGCCAUGUUUACUAACAUAGCACUGUGUUGUUCAUUCGUUGUGCUUCUCUAUGCAUUUACAUCUGGAGGAGAACAAGGAGAUCUUACCUUCUAUUACUGGACUAUCGUCUUCGGCUCGUUUAUCUAUGGAAUGAAUGUGGCAGCUGUAAUGACUGCGGCAAGUGCAGAUGCUUCCCUUUUCAAUGUAGGAAUUCCUCUUUCUGGUAUUCAAGUUUCUGUCUAUUACUUUGUCUUUACGAAGUGGGCAGAGUGGCGUAACUGGUCAAACGUUAGCUUUUGGAUUAUAUUCUGGCAGCUUAUUAUAGCAAUACUGAUAUCAGCAGUAUCGGCUGCUCUAUGGAUUUAUCUUGCUGUUAAAGGUGGUGGUACUGAUGGUGGUGGAGGUGGUCAAUCUUCUAGUGUUGUUGCCUCUCCAAUUCUAAUGGGAAUGGUUGGUAUGGGUGGUAUUUACGCCUUCUACCCUGCCAUUGCUCCUUAUAAGCUGACUGAUGUUGGAACCGGCUACACUAUUGACCUGGUGGUUCUCUUCAUGAGCGCCGUCCCUGGUAUUAUCAUCGCCAUCUUAUGCCUCUAUAAUAAAGGUCCAAAUCAAGAUUGGAGUAGUGCUCCAGGAUGGCAUGCUGCUUGGAUUCUAGCGUUUCCACAUAUUACCGCAAUGAUCUUGUGCUUUUUUACACUUCAUUACCCUGAUAGUGGAGUGGCAAGUUCCAUAAAGGGUAGUGGUUUAAAGGUUGGAGUGAUUACUGUGACCUUAAAGUUUUGUGAGGAAGGAUUGAAGGCGGUGUCAUAUGCUGGUGCAUUCGGUGCUAUUUAUUCACCUGUUAAUGCUUUCUUAUCCCAAGGUUUAAUGAUAGUCUUGGCUUUUACUGGAGACGGUUACCUUAAGACCUAUUCCAAGUAUGAGCAUGAUAGGGAUAAGUGGCCUACUAAGGAUUUUGGAACACUUAGAUCCAUCUGGUUUUGGACAUGGAAUGGAGUAUCUGAAGCAUGCAAGAGUGUUAAGUCUUCCUUUACCACUAAUGUUAGAUGCAAGGUUUUAGGUAAAUCAGAGGCUCUCCUUAUUGUCUAUGCAGAUGAGGAAUUUUAG